AUGACUGUCUUAGAGCAUGCACAUGCACAAGAUUUCACAGUAAAUUCAACACCCUAUCGAAAACUAAAAAAAUUCUCAUACAGCAUUUUAAGCCAACUUUUUGUGGCAAAAUACAGCUCUAAGCCUCAGUUAAAACAUCAAGCGAUUUUAGAAGCAAUUUUGAAUUUAAUUUUAACCCUACAAAUAGUUUCGCUAGCUUGAUAUCCAGACCUAAAUAUCUCCAAUUGGUCAACCUUUCUAUCAUUUUUAAGGAUUUUAGGAUAUAUAAGCUAUGAUUCUAUUUGUGCCGAUUUAGGUAUAAUGAAUUUAUGUUUUGGAGCAACGGCAUUCGCGAUAUAUGCUGAGUUUGUUUUCUUAUUUAUUUUUGGAAUUUUUGCUUAUUUGAACAAAAACCUUCCAAAAAUCCUCACUUUUAUCCCGAUAAAAAUAGCCCAUAUUUUUACAUCAAUAGGAAUUAUACCAAGUUUCAUGAUAAUGCUUAUGGUUUUUAAAUAUUCCAUAAUUAAUGCGGAAUAUAUAGAAGAAUAUGACAAUGGAAUUAGCGCUAAAGAUUUUAAUUACGGGACCUUUGGGAUAGUUUUUUCCUUAUUUUCUAUGAUUUUGCUGCUUUGUAUCAAUUUUCUUUAUGAAUUUUUUAUAUGUGACAUGAAGCAUUCUCACCAUAAUUUAAAUAUAAAAGCCAGGUCUUCAUCGGAAUUGGAUUUGCAAAGAAAAGCCUUUUAUAUCGUCAUGUGCAUUUUUUACGUUUCAUUUGGAAAAGAUAACGUGUCAGGUUUACAAAUAUCUGCAUUUAUUAUUAGUUUUGGGCUGAUGGUAAAAAGUAUUUACGUUUUGCAAUAUUUUAAUGUGGUCGAGAAUUGUAUACAAAUUUAUAAAAUGGCAGCGAUUUCGAUGACUUUGCUAAUAUUUUUAUUUGGAGAAAUCUUGGAUAACACAAAAAUUAUCAUAGUUUUUAAUAUUAUUUUGCAGCCAAUUGUAGCGUAUUUUACUAUAAAAUUUGUAGCUUAUAAAUAUAAGAAGCUUAAAGAAAAUUCUGAAAAUCCGAGAAAUCAGUUUGAGUUUGAAAGAAAAUUCAGACAUUUAUUUACAAGAAGCCAUGAUCUUGACGCAGAUAAAUCUUUGAAUUUAUUUACGGAUUAUUGGAAUGCUAGACAAUUUAAGAAAAACAAGCUAUUUUUAAUAUGAGAGUUUGAUGUAUGUAUUUCAAUAAUUAUAAUCAAAAUAUGGCGGCUCAGCCUGGCUGUCAAGAUUUUGCUAGCCCAGAAAUAGAUAGUUAUGCUAGUAAUUAGUAGUAGUAAGUUUAGGGCCUAGCUUAGUCUGCCUUUCAGGAUCUUGAUUUUAUCUCGAGGGAAAGGAAAGCUUGGAGUUGAAAAGGGAAGCCUAGCAAAGACUGCCUUGCUUAUUAGCAGCUCCCUAGAGUUAAACAGAAGUUGCGCCCUGGGCUACAAGUUUGCCUUUUUCUGAGAGUUGGCUAGAUAUUUUCAUGUAGCAACCCUCGUCCGGUGUACGGCACGGUGACCCAGCCCGCUUUACGAGCCUUAGGCUGAGAGGAGUCAACGCCCUGGAGAGGCAGAGGCAGGCCCAACGAAGCAAGGUGGAAAAACGCACCCGCAGGUGCUACCAGGAUUUUCUCAAUAAUCUAGCUUAAUAUAAUCUAUUUCAAUACUUAAAGAUGAAAGACUUGCAAGGGUAAAAUUUUCAAAAAUUUCAAAAGCAGAAUUUUCAUUAGAAGGAGACAUCCAAGAAUGAAAAAUUUUUACUUGGCUUAAGAACGGGGAUCGCCACAAGUUUUCAGACACCAGCUUUAUGGAGUUUUUGCUGAAAUUUAGCAAAAUUAAAAAGAAGGAUGAAGCAAUUUGCAACAUCUUAAUACAGCUCUGCAACGAAUUUAAUUCCAGACAGCCAAGGAUAAAAAAAUUGAUAAAUUUAGUUUAUAAGACUGGGGACAAUAUUGGCAAUAUUACUGAAAACUAUAAAAAACUUACCGAAAAGUAUAAAAGUGCUGAAUCAUAUGACCACUAUGCCAGUUUUCUUGAAAAUAUUGUAAGUAACAUAGAAGAGGCCAAUUUAAUCCAUAGGAAGAAAAAUGUGUUAAAUAUUAAUAAUUUUCAUGGGGAAUACCAAAACCUUGAAAAUUAUGGAAAAGAUGUUGGAGUGCUUCUUGUUUCCUGCUCGGAAGAAGCUUUUGGGACGAUUUGCUAUAUAAAUGACAAGGCUUCCCAGAUAUUGAAAACUUCAAUAGUAAAUGCUUUAGGAAUUCCUUUAGCAAAUUUUAUUCCACAUCCUUUCGGCCGCUUGCAUGACAUGUUGAUGAAAAACUUUUUAAAAGAAUCUACAAGGGUAGAUAUCCCUUCACACAGAACCUUGUGUUUACAAGCAAAUGACGGGUUUUUAAUAGAGUGUUAUACAAUGAUAUGCUUUUUACUAUUAAUUUUCAAUAAAAUUAUUGCAAGCCUUCAGAAUAUAGAAAUUAAUAUAAAAUGAUAUAAAUUUAACCGCAUUUUAUGACUCGGCUUAUUUUUUGGUAUCGUUUAAGCCUCGAUCGACAACUAGACAAGUUGCCAUAAUUUCUGAAGAAAAUAUCAUAAUAAAUAGUUCAGAAUUCUUUGGACACUAUUUAGGCAGCACUGCAAAAAAUUUGCGAAAUAUCCCUCUUUCUGAUAUUAUUCCAAGAAUUUAUAUCACGAAAAUGCAAGACUAUGAGCCCGUAGUCCGUAAUGUUAACAACCAGUGUCUUGCACUGGUCCGUAUCAAAAAAAUAAUAAAAACGGUAUCUUUUUAUUUUUUAAUUGUAGUUCACAAUGAUGACGAAAUUCGCCGGUGGCAGCUAGGUGAGGACGAAGACCAGCUACAGAAUUUUUAUAUUGAAAAUGCCAAUAAUUCAGCCCAAUAUAAAAGUUUGGGAAAUUUAAAUAGCUUUAUAUUAUCUAGCUACGAAACUUCGCCAAAAAAGCACGAUAAAGAAACUGAUACUUUGGCUCAAAAUUCGUUUUUGCCACUAUCAGAAGAGAAAAAAUCAGAAAAUCAAUUCGAAAGUACGUCCAAGCGUUCUUCAUCAAGAAGUAGCAGUAAUAUUAACUCAAAUCACGCCAAGAAAUUAUUAUUUUUAUCAAAAAGAAAAAUACAUAAAAAUGGUGACGACAGACCACCCGACCUCUCGACCCUAUUUCCUCAACAGCAGCAGGCAACGGCCCAGUGUUGCGGAUUUAGGUGGAAAGGGCCGGUAAUCCUUUAUGUAUUAUCGGGCUGGGUUUUCUUUGAGCCCGAGGAGCUAAUUCUCGGACUUGGAGUUUUUCCCCCAGGAAAACCAUUGGAAAGGGCAAGGUCGGCCAUUGUCUGAAGGGCAAUAUGACCCUCAGACCCCGCAGACGGUAUUUGCCUAACGAGAAACUGGGAGUUUCGACCCAGGUGGUUGGUCCUUAGACUCCAGAAGCCAUGGAAGUCAAGACUGGUCGCGCGAAUCCCUUGUUUGAGGCAACAAGGAGGGUGUCCGCCGAGGCUCCUCAGGGGCGAUGAGCGUGUAGGGGUGCAAAUCCCCGGCCCUGCAAGGCAAACGGCUUAAUCUAAUCUAAUCAAAAAGAAAAAUAUGGAUGCUUCAAUGAGCUUUAUUGAUCGUCGUAAGAAAAAAUUAGAUCUUUACAGUAAUUAUCACAAUGGUGGCGGUUCUUUCAUAUAUAAUUUCAGAUGUUUCCCAUACUUCGAAAAUGAGCUCUUUAGGAGAUCUUGGGAAACUUUUAUAUGAUUAUGAGACUAUUACAGACUGGUCUAGGACAAUUGAUAAGCAAGUAAAAGCAAAUAGCACGUCGACACAAGCUCAAAAAGUUAUCAACAUAAAUUAUUUUCUCAGUAUUGUAAGCGAUUUAGAAGUCAUCCAAAAUGUGCUUUUGGAUCAUUUCAGAGACUGAAGCUUUUGUGAUAGCUCAAAAAUUAUUUCUAAACUCGCCCCUCGUGAGCGUAAAAAUCAUUUGAAAAAUUUUUAUUUUUUGGAUAAAAACCCACCCUGAGUAAGCUAAAAAACAAUUUUAUAUAAAUAAUAAGGAUAAUAAAAUCUUUAGCUAUUUCUGUUGAAUUUUUUCAAUAUUAAAGCAUAAAUUUUGAAAAGAAAAAAAAAUAAAAAAUUGUUAACCCUUCGCUCCCUAAGGGAGGAGUAAAGAGAUUAUUCCAACUUGGAAUUUUAACACAAAUACCCCAACAAUUGAAAAAGUAAAUCUUUAUAAUGGAAUUAGUAACUUUAUCGCUGAAGUAAGCUAUAUUUAG